UGGAUACCUGGGUACCUGGGUACCUAGGUACGGAUGACAUAGCGCCGACCUGCCCCCCUCUGCCCCUCCAUCUGAUAACCUUGGGAGCUUUGAGCUCUGCAGAGGUCUCGAGCAACGACACGGCAUCGACUUGUGCCCGACUUGUGCCCGACGACAAGAUCCGCGAUUCCGCCAUCCGCAUCCGCCCGCAUACCCACCAUCCGCACACCCUGCCUGGCCAUGGCGUCUGCCCCGCUGCCGCUGCGCGUGGGCUACGUGCCCGAGCACUUUUCGACGCCGAUCCACUUUGCCAGCAAGCACUUUGGCCUCGACGCGCAGCUGAUCGCCUUCCCCUCGGGCACCGGCCACAUGAUCACGGCGCUCCGGUCCGGGGAGAUCGACGUCGGCAUUGGCCUGACCGAGGGGUGGGUCGCCGGCCUGGGCAAGGAGGACGUCGAGGGCGACGGCGGCUACCGCCUGGUCGGCACCUACGUCGAGACGCCCUUGUGCUGGGCCGUGUCCACAGGCGCAGCCCGCCCCGACAUCUCCAGCCUCGACUCCCUCAGCGGCCGCAAGAUCGGCGUCUCGCGCCUGGGCUCCGGCUCCUACGUCAUGGGCUUCGUCCUCGCAGACCAGCAGGGCUGGCUGCCCCAGGAACCCGCCGCCUCCUCCUCCUCCUCCUCGCCCUCCCCCUACUCCGACUUCGUCAUCCUCAACACCUUCGAGAAUCUGCGCAGGGCAGUCAACUCGGGCGACGCCGACUUCUUCAUGUGGGAGCACUUCACCUCCAAGCGCUACUACGACUCGGGCGACAUCCGCAAGGUCGGCGAGAUCUACACCCCCUGGAGCAGCUGGAAGAUCGUCGCCGCCACGUCGCUGGUCCACGGUGAUGCUGGCGGCAGUGACCAGCCGCAGCAGCAGCAGCUCGACCCCAGGCUGCACGCCCUGUUCGAGAAGCUUGACGCCGGCAUCCGCCACUUCAACGACAACCACGACGAGGCCGUCCGCUACAUCAGCACCGAGCUCGACUACUCCGAGGAGGACGCCCGGGAGUGGCUCAAGACCGUCAGGUUCCCCGCCCGCACCGAGGGUGUCGACCUGGCCGUCGCUGAGAACACCGUCGCCACACUGCGCAAGGCGGGCGUGCUCGCUGCGGGGAGGGGCAUGGGGCCUUCGCAGAUGGUGGCUAGGCUGCGCUCGUCGUGAAAUUCUCCUCCCGCCGGGCGGCUGGCUGGUUUGGACUGCUCUCCCCGCUGGAACGGCGGCGCGAGGGGCAACGCUCCUGAUGCCAUAUAUUAUUGGCAGUAAUCAGCGCGACCAUCAUUUGACCUCAAGGCCUCAAUGCGCCCCAGGGUUCAUCCAUCUCAUUUGUGUACCAAACGGCCCACUCCCCUCCACCUCGUCGCUGCAGCGUGCCCCAUCGUGCUCUCUCCUCUAGGGCUCACAAGGCGAUAGCAUGUAGUAUGAUGGCGCACCAGUCUCCAAGACGGCACAGCUAGCAGAACGUGCGGCAAGGUCCAUUUUGUCCGUGGGUAAUGCGUAUCUGCAUGUGACUACUCCCAACUCUCAAGGCUGGGCUCACUGGAGCUGUGCCGUAACACGUGCCGUGAUUUGGUUCGGGCGCUGUGCUGGAAAGGUGACAAUACUAUCAUGUCGAGUAGUCCCGCCCGCCCAGAAGGUUGCAGGGAGACUGUUGCCAAGGGGAUAGAUAAUAUCGGAUUAUAACCUUCUCAUCUUGUAUGGGGGUCUUUAUUCGCAUGGUGGGCAACCUGUAAUCACAAUACACUUCCCUGCAGCCUGA